AUGCUGUCAGGCUUCAAGCUCCCCAAGCAAAAGCCGACGUCUUCGGCAAAGAAGAGGAAGGAGGAUGCGGCGGCCGUGCCUCCCUCCGCAGAGAAAGGAGGUAACAGCGCCCGCAUUUCCCCAGCCCGGUCGUCCUCGCGGGGCCAAGAGGAGCAUCGCCGCGUGGAAUCAGUGCUCAUGGCCCCGCUGGCUCCAGAAGUGCCGGCGCCUGGUGCGGUUGAUGAGGUCCCAGCUGCUCCACAACCCGCGAUCUCCCAGGCCCUGAUGACGAUAUCGCCUCCUCCUACUGCUGCACCUCCACUCCUUGGUUCUUCCGCUCCUGCUGCUGCCGCUGCGGCUUCCGAGAAGGAGAAGCAGAGUGCCGCCAACGCCACAGCCGAUCGUGAGGUGGUGCUGAAAGACGCCAAGGCCGCCCGUGACCGCUGCCAAGUGCUGGAGGACGAGUUGCAGAGCAUGCGCGACAAGCACACCGAAGAAGCACGCUGCCGCCAAGCGAAGGAGGAGGAGAUGAAGGCCCGGGAGGACGCUGUCAAGAACCAUGAUGCUGAGCUGGCGGACCACUUGCACCUCCGCGACCCCAACGCUUGCCUUGAUGAUCUGCUGGAGCCUGUGGCUGAAUAUCAAUGCGAGGCCGCCGCCGCAGCCAGCCCGUCCCCGCGCAUACCUUAA